CGGAGGCGGCGCUGGCAACCUGGCGUGGCUGUGGGAACGCUUCGCCGCUCCCAUGCGCGUGCGCUGUGCUAGAGCCCCGGUUCAGGGAAUUGACGAUGGCGGCGGCCGAUGGAACUUCGCAGGAACCAGCGAUUUCAGAUCAGCCAGCUGAGCUGACUGCCUCCGUGCGGGCGAGCAUCGAGCGGAAGCGGCAGCGGGCACUGAUGCUGCGCCAGGCCCGGCUGGCGGCCCGGCCCUACCCGACGACGGCAGUUGCGGCUACCGGAGGCAUGGCUAAUGUAAAAGCAGCCCCAAAGACAGUUGACACAGGAGGAGGCUUCUUUCUGGAAGAGGAAGAAGAAGAAGAGCAUACAAUUGGAAAAGUUGUUCAUCAACCAGGACCUGUUAUGGAAUUCGAUUAUGCAAUAUGUGAAGAAUGUGGUAGAGAAUUUAUGGAUUCUUAUCUUAUGGACCACUUUGAUUUGGCAACUUGUGAUAACUGCAGAGAUGCUGAUGAUAAACAUAAGCUUAUAACUAAAACAGAAGCAAAACAAGAAUACCUUCUGAAAGACUGUGAUUUAGAAAAAAGAGAACCAGCUCUUAAGUUUAUUGUGAAGAAGAAUCCUCAUCAUUCACAAUGGGGUGAUAUGAAACUCUACUUAAAAUUACAGAUUGUCAGGAGGGCUCUUGAAGUUUGGGGUAGCCAGGAAGCAUUAGAAGCAGCUAAGGAAGUCCGACAGAAAAACCGAGAAAAAAUGAAACAGAAGAAGUUUGAUAAAAAAGUAAAAGAAUUACGGCGAGCAGUAAGAAGCAGUAUAUGGAAAAGGGAAACAGUUGCUCACCAACAUGAGUAUGGACCCGAAGAAACCCUAGAAGAUGACAUGUACCGGAAGACUUGUACUGUGUGCGGCCAUGAACUGACAUAUGAGAAGAUGUGAUUUUUAGUUAAGUAAUCUGUUUUAGACUUUUAUAUUUAGAUAAAGGAAAUUUAGAUUGGUCUUGUUCGAAAUUCACCAAAAAAAAAAAAAAGUCUUCAUAGAUGAAUGAAAUACUUGUAUAAAUAAUGCUUGGGUAAUAUGUUAUGGCUUAAGAGCAAGUUUCAGUUAAGGUCCAGCAGGUCUGGUUGUGGGCAAAAUAUUGGGUCUGUGAUGGUUUUUUCUGCAGCAGGGGUGGGAGCUGAGUGGUACAGUAGGUUUGAAAGUGUUAGAGUUAAAAUUGAGAAAUAAGAAACCAAGGCAAACCCUAGAGUGGGGUAGGAGGAAGACCUUUAAGUAAAGGCAAAAGCUGGCUCAGCUGGAUUCUUAUCCCAAGAAACAAUAGCGAUGGUGGUGGACCCUGCACCCCAGAGGCUGAGCCAGGAAUCCUAGACUAUUUCUGUCUCCAAGUCAGGGAGCAGGGUGCUACUGCUGGGGCAAGUCCUGACCAACAGCAGGAAUAAACAAUGAGUGUGGGAGUCUGCUCAUAUUUUCUGCAUCUAGGGUUUACUACUAUAGAACCUAAUGUUAGUGUCUAGAUAGCCCUUUUCUAAUCUGGAUUAAAAUGAAAAAAACAGCUAUAUUGUUUGUUGAUCAAAGAAGGUACUUAUAGUAAGUUUAUCAUAACUUCGUAACAGUUCCUCAGCACUUACCAUGUGCCAGGCAAGCACUGUGCUAAGUGCCUUACUGGUAUUCUCUUUUAAUCCUGAGAGGGAAGACAACUUGCUGCUUUGCUUAUUUAGCGCUUGGAAGAGAAGUGAUAACCUACAACCUUACAUCACCCCACACAUCUGAGUCAAGUUUAGCUAGUGAAAAUUUCCUGUCUUCUCAAAAGGAUUACAAGGUAGUUAUAGCAAGUAAGAGGAUUUGAUCCCAUGUGCUUGAUUACGGGGUCUGUGCAUUUAUUUUUUGACAAAAAAUUCAAGAUAAGAUAAACUGGGUAUUUUCAAGUUAUUCUUAUUCUUUGAUAUAACUUUAUCCAAUUGCUACAAAUAGAAGAAAUAGGAAGUUUAUACAUAUUCAUUUUUCUUCCUAGAUCAACUCUUAGAGAUUAUGCUUAAAGAAAGGCAAAAGUCAAAACAAGUCAAACCCAAACAGGCUUGAGACUAUAAUUACUAAUUAUUUUCUAAGUAUCCAAUACAGAAAUGUUUAAUAUAUUUAUCAAGUGUUGAUUUUUAUGCUAAGUAUUACAGCCCAAUAAAAAUUGAUUCUGAACAGGCAGCAAGACCUUCCUGGGACCAAAAAAAAAAAAAAAGCUUCCAGCUCCAUGACAACAGCGUAACUAGGGGUUCAGGCUGCUGACAAGAAAAUCACUGCGUUGAGAGAUAAGGAGCCCUUGAGCCACAUGGAUUUAGGUUCAGAUUCCACUUAGUAGCUGUGGACUUGGGUAAGUUAUUCCAUGGGUGUUUUCAUCUGUCAGAUGGGCAUAAUCCUAUGUCUCUUAAAGAACUAUUAUGAAGAUUAAAUAUCAUGUAUCUGUGGAACUUGGCACAUACCAGCCACUCGUUACUGAGUACAUAUUGUUAUCAAGACCAGCAUAUGGAUUUGUUUAGCUGAGGUGGGCUUCUAUUCACUCUUUGUCUUCACCAAGUUAAGACAAUCCUGGCACCCAGAUAUCAAUGACAGCCAGAUCUGCGCUACCCAGGUUGGCAAGUUCUUUCCUCCUUUUUCAUAUUCUGGUACAAUUAUAGAUUAGUAAAUUAUACAGAUCACUAAAUACUUUACAGGAAAAGCAAAUAAACUUCCUAUGAACCACCCUCUGAAUGGUUCCUGGGAGAUUUAGAAUCUAGGAAAACAAAGUACAUGUUCACUUUGACAGAAGCAUGGUCAAAUGGUAGUAGUGCAAUUUAAUGGACUGUUCCAAGGUAGGAUGUACAGUGACAUGCCAUUCUUUUGUCUGUGUGAGCUUCAUCAGUGGGGAAAGCAACUGCUGAAUGUUUGCUCUUGUACUUUUGUUUUUUUAAAUUCAGCCUCUAGUUCAGUUUUUCCAUAUACCUAGCUGCCAGACUGGAACAGAGCAGGGUCAGUCACACCAGUGAACAGCUGUUAGAAGUAACCAUUUACAUAGAGAGGAUCCAAGAGAAAGGAAGUGAAAACCGAGAAAUUCCCGCCUACUGAGACUAUAUUCUGUAGCCACUAAAUGUAUGGUAAACCAAAGCAACCAUGUAUUAAUAUGGAUAAUGCUUAAAUUUUGAAUGUCACAUAAUCCUUUAUACUUGUAUAUAAUUUUAAGGUGCACUCUCAUUAUCUUAGUUAAGCCUCGGUACCAUGUAGGAAACAGACUCCGUAAAAACAAAAUUCAAACCACAUCUAAUUCCAAGUAUAGUUUUAGCCAAUCUAGCUACUCCUAGAGAAGUGACCAGGGGCUCUAAGAGAGCGGUUCCCAAAUUUGUCUGUACACUGGGAUCACCUGGGAGCCUUAAGAACUACCAAUGAUGUCUGUGUUCCACCCCCAGAUUGUAGUGUAAUUAUUAAAAAAAAAAA